GAGACCUGGAACCGGGCUCAUUGAGGACGACAGACUGGCACAGGGCGUCUCACGAUCCUUUGAAACAUGUCUGGCAUUGUCGCACAGCUUCAGCACAAGCGAGACAGAUCCUCCGGGAUUGGAUCCAACGAGCAUGCGGUGAAAUAUCUCAACCAGGAUUAUGAAGCAAUCAAACAAAGGUGCCUGGAGACAGGAAGGCUGUUCGAGGAUGAUUGUUUUGAACCACUUCCCUCAUCCUUGGGCUAUAAUGAGCUCGGACCAAAUUCUUACAAAGUCCGGGGAAUCGAGUGGAAGAGACCCAAGGAACUGUCGUCCAGUCCGAAAUUUAUUUCAGACAAUGCCACCAGGACUGAUAUCUGCCAAGGAGCACUUGGUGACUGCUGGCUUCUGGCAGCUAUCGCCUCUCUGACGCUCAAUGAGAAGGUCCUGCAUCGUGUUGUACCACACUGCCAGAGCUUUGAUGAAGACUACACGGGAAUGUUUCACUUCGAGUUCUGGCAGUUCGGCGAGUGGGUGGACGUCGUGGUGGACGACCGUUUACCCACCAGGGACGGGGAGCUGCUCUUUGUUCACUCCGAGUCCAAAUCAGAGUUCUGGACUGCACUUUUGGAGAAAGCGUACGCCAAGUUGAACGGAUGCUACGAGGCACUUUCCGGGGGCAGCACUACUGAGGGGUUUGAGGACUUCACUGGUGGGAUUGCUGAGCGGUAUAAUCUGGAAAGGCCAGACCCCCAUCUCUUUAAAAUCAUUAUGAAGGCUUUGGACAGAGGUUCACUGCUGGGAUGCUCAAUAAAUAUCACCAGUGCAAGUGACUCUGAGGCCGUCACUUACCGCAAGUUGGUGAAAGGGCACGCCUACUCUGUGACUGGAGCUGUGAGGGUGGACUACAGAGGAGAUGAAGUGGAGCUCAUAAGAAUUCGUAACCCAUGGGGUCAGGUGGAGUGGAACGGAGCCUGGAGUGACAAUUCGUCUGAGUGGAGAUACGUGAGUGACGAAGACAGGGAGAGGCUCCGAUGCCGAUCUGAAGACGGCGAAUUCUGGAUGUCCUUCACCGACUUCCUCCGCCAGUAUUCCCAGCUGGAGAUCUGCAACCUGACUCCUGACGCGCUCUCCAGCGAUGACUUGAAAAAGUGGUCCCAGAAAGACUUUGAGGAAACCUGGAGGAGAGGAGUUUCAGCAGGCGGCUGCAGAAACUAUAUAAACACCUUCUGGAUGAAUCCGCAGUCUGUCAUUAAACUACAGGAAGUUGAUGAUGAUCCCUGUGACGGUGAAGACAUGUGCACAGUCAUCAUAGGAUUAAUGCAGAAGAACAAGCGGUGCCGCAGGAAGAUGGGAGAAGACAUGGAGACAAUCGGCUAUGCCAUCUACGAUCUGCCUGAGGAGUAUUCCGGUAAAAGGCAAGUGCACCUGAAGAAAAGGUUCUUCCAAUCCACAAGGGCCGCCGCUCGCAGCGAGACCUUCAUCAAUCUGCGAGAAGUGAGCACCCGCUUCACCCUGCCUCCCGGAGAGUACCUCAUCGUCCCGUCCACAUUUGAACCCCACAAGAACGGAGACUUCUACAUCAGAGUGUUCACCGAGAAACAGGCCGACUUUGAGGAAAUCGAUGAUGAAGUCGAAUGCAAAGUGGAAGAGAUAGAUAUCGAUGAAGAUGAUAUAAGUGACAGAUUUAAGAAUCUGUUCGGACAACUCGCUGGACACGAUGUGGAGAUUUCACCAUUCGAACUACGAAAAAUCCUGAACAGAGUGGUGUCAAGACGCUCAGACAUCAAAACCGGCGAGUUUUCCAUCACCACCUGCCGCAACAUGGUCAACCUGCUGGACAAAGAUGGAAGUGGAAAACUGGGGCUGGUGGAAUUCCGGAUUCUGUGGAGCAAGAUCGAAAAAUUCCUGGAUUUGUACAAGACUAAAGAUGGUGACCAGAGUGGCUGUAUGAGCGCUGCAGAGAUGCGCUCAGCGAUUGAAGAAGCUGGUUUCUCUCUCAACAACCCACUGCACCAGGUGAUUGUGGCCCGCUAUAGCGACUCUGCUACCAGCAUUGACUUCGACAGUUUUGUGUGCUGCUUGAUCCGACUUGAGUCGCUCUUCAAAACCUUUAACACUCUGGACAAGGACAACAGUGGAGAGAUAGAACUGAACCUCACAGAGUGGCUGGAGCUGUCCAUGCUGUAGAGAAGCCUGGGAUAUUCAAGUGAUGCUUUGGCAUGCCUCUCUCUUUUCUGGUGGUUUUUGUGGACAAAUUAUUCAGCCUAUGUGAAGAGUUAAGGGUCUAGUUUGGAGAAUAUAUUCAUGAUUCUUCCAUCCUUAUGUGAUGUUUUCCGGUGGUUUUAUUCUCAAUCUUUUAGAGUUAGGGACUUCAUGAGUAGAAGAGUCUGCUUGACAUGAAUCAGUAUGAAGAAUUGUGGUGUAUUAUUUUGGCGCACAACACUCCAUUUUGUUCCACAAUACUUAUUCACUGUUUAACUUCUUUUAAUUUUCUGUUUUUUCUUUUUUUUUUUUUUUUUACUUCUUGCAUAAAUAUGUUAACUAAUGUACUCUUCGAGCGGAAAAAAAGAUAAGUGCCAGUAAAAGAUCAGUACUGAGUCUUAAUCUGUGUCGAGUGAAGUAAGCAACGACAUAUGAAGACGGAGUAAGGAAAUUAACUUAAGGGCCAAGAAGAGCUGUUUGACUGUUGGAAGAUCAAUCCAAGAAUUUUAUGCGCUGUUGUACAAGUUGGACUAUGUAGUGCUAUAUAAGGGAGAAGAAGGGAUGCUGAUUCAGGAUGCUUAGCAGUCAUUCAUAACACCCCCACACGGUGAAUUCAUUUGGAGCGCCAAUGACCAGGCCAAUGGUUCAUGAGAUAUGACCCCGUGACCUUCUUGUUGGCCAACAUGCUGCUAUGCAAUCCGACAUUGAUUUACAUUU